UUCAUUAUCUGUUCCCGCGCCUACCAACUGCAAGACCUUCAUCCCUACUAAUUCAUUCCAACUUUUCUAUAACAUUCAUCCCAUCCAUCACAUCCGUCACAAGAAAUGAAAGUCCAAGCGUCAAUUGCGCUAAAGCUAAUUUAGUAUUACGGUGGACGGGACAAACCUAAAAUGGUGCAAUAAGGUUACCUCGAUUACUUCAAAAAGACCCAAUCCGGUUUCUAUUCUUCCAAUCAUUCUAAUCGUUCCACUCGAUUUCACUUCAUUUCCAUCUCCAUUUCGACCUCGGCGUUUCCAUCCGACUUUACUUGAUAUAAUGAAGAACUUAUCUAUUCAACCUCAUCAUCUACCGAACAAUAAUAUCUGCAUUAAAGUUCUUGCAGAAGGUGCUGCGAAUGUUAUAUAUCAGAUUACCAUUGAUCCAAAAUCACCAGGGGUUAUCGAGGUGGACAAGGAUCAUCAAGAUUUAGAUUAUCUUUCUGGUAAUUAUUUUCCAAUAAUUUCUUCACUUCCAGCGAUAGUGAAGAUAUAAAAUUCAUCACUUUGUCAAAUAUUCACAAAGGAAACAUACUAAAACUUAAUUUUAGGAAAAUUAUUACGUCUUCGAAAAGAUGUUCCUACUACCGCUCCAACUUCAGAGUCAUAUCAACAGUGGCUUACAUAUAUUGUACCCCUAUUCAAACCCGAACAAAUAGUCAUUCAGGAAUUGGUUUACAUUGGUCACCUUAAUGUUAUCCCUGGUUUAAAUACUGAUCUUAGACGUUUUGAUAAUCCUGGUACAUCUACCACGAAUCAUCUUGUCCCACCACCAAAAGGGAAAUUUUAUCGCUCCAGAGCUCAAAGUGGUACUUUCUUGGCAAAAGAUGAUUAUGGUCUUUUGAUUACAGAUAUGACACCUAGUAUGUUUCGGAUUUUUCUAUUUGUGGCAAAAUGUACUCAUAAGUUCUCAGGAAAAUCCGCACGAGAGACAGUUGUAGAAUUCAAACCAAAAUGGCUCUCACCAUCUCAUGAAUUACCACCAAAAGCUAUCCGCUGCAGAACUUGUGCACUUCACGCGCGUCGAGUAGCCUUUGGAGAAGAAAGAAAAAACACUGAUCUUCAAUCCUAUCUUUGUCCACUCAAACUCGUCGAUGAUCACGCUAAAUUAAAAUUCGAAAGUUACCUAGCUUCCGCCUCUCACGUAUUACACAAACCUCGCGAGACACCCGCCGUCCAAUCGCUAGCAAGAUGGAUUCACGCAAAUCCAUUGCUUAAACGACUUCGCGAUCUUCAAGCCGAGUAUGAUCUCAAGGGGUCUUUAAAGACGGAAAAAGCAUCUCAUGAACUUUGUGUAGCGAUGACCUUGAGAGAUUGUUCCCUAUACAUACGAAUGGAUAAGAAUCAUCAAGUCAUAGAAGCUCGUUUGGGAGAUUUAGAUUAUAAAUCACCUAAUAAGUAUUCAUCAUGGAGAAGGAAAGAACAGGAAUUAGUCGAUGAGGGAUGGUAUUGUGGUGAAGAAAGUAAGGAAUUAAAACAACCAGUUGAUGAAUGUUUAUUAUCACGAAGGAUAUGAGAUUUCCAAUGUUCCUGCCUAUUGAUAUAGGAAUAAUCUCGAUGGAGAUACUUCCUAAACAGACGAAGAGGAGGCCAACAAGGAGAAAGGUGGAAUGAAUAAAUCAACAGGAGAAUAAUUAUUCAUCGGAAAGGGAAAUAGACGGUUGGUUUGGGUUAGGGAUUCCAGAUCCUUUGUUUGUUUGUUUGUUUUUUGUUUGUUUGUUUUUUUCAUUGAUGGCGAUUAACGGCAUUAUAAACAUCAUCUUAAUUAAUCACGCGAAUGUACAGAGAGAUUUAAGGACGGGGAUUUUU